CUCUUCCCAUCGAUCCUCCCUCUCAUCUUCCCCCCUCCGCAGCUUCCCAGUUGAUUCAUAGCGGCAGAGACAACACGUACGGGAGGCUAGCUCUCCCGUCCAUUCCGGCCGCACCUAUCGCCGGCGGCGGCCGCGUAUACUGCUGGAGGCGUGCAUGCCCGCUCCACCAAUCGACUUCAGGGCCUAGCAGCUCAAGCUUCGGCGGUCACGAGCCGAGCCCGGCCGCUCCAUCCAACCCCUCGUGCAGGCCCAGAUUCUACCUUCUCCUCAAGACUUGACUUGGCCUCAAGCCUCCUUCGAUUCCCGACGACAGUCCCAGACUCCCAACCGAUCUGCUGCUGAUUAAUUUCAUAAUUCAUUUUCAGUGCUUUUGCAUUUCGUUUCCAAAUUGAUGCCGAAUCUUCCCCAAAUAUCCGCUGCUGCUACAGAUCACUUAGGCAAAACAUUGAUGUGGUCAUGCAUUUUGUACUCACGUUGUACUAUAUGACAAUAUGAAUUAGUACGGCAAUAAUCCUUUUCUUGCCGUAACAUACAAUCCUAAACCAAACAAGUAUAUGCUGGUGCCAUUGGUUUUCUGAAAGCCUGUACUGAAUGUUGCAUAGGUUAAUCGUAUUAAGCAUUAACAGCCUAUGGAUUCUUUAUUUUUAUUGUUGCCAUUUUCUUGCUUGAUUGUACAUGUUCUCCACCGGCCCUAUGCUCCCAAGCUGUUUCAUUUUUUUCAAUGUUUGACAGAAAUGCUACAGGCAGAACAACUGCCUUUCCAAUGUUUGGCAGAAAUUGCUACCAUAUCGUUCUCAUGUCCAACUGUUUUUGUUGUUCAGGAUUUUAUAUUUGAAACAGAUAAGACUCCAUGUUAGUACUGCAUGAUCUACUUGACAAAAUCUCCACUAGAACCAUAGUCACAUGGUCCAGCAACCUAUUGUAUGUUUUCUUUUUCUAGUUAAAGGCAUGACUAAAUAUGCACAUAGCUCAGCCUAUUCAAUAUUCCUUUCUAGCUAAAAACCAUUGCUGUUGGACUUAGUAGUUCAUUACCUGCAGUACUUUCCUGCUGCUGGACUGUGUAAUUCUUUCCCUGCAGUUUCCGCUGCAAUGCAUGGGUUUUCACCUAGUCAUAUCUCUAGUUCUAGUCCACAUACUACAGAGAUGUUGCAUCCUACCAUGACUCUCCCAAAGUGAUAUAAGCUUCAGGGUUUUAGGCUGAGGCGAACAUCACAUUUUGGAUUUUGGGGCUGGAACUAUAUAAUUGCAGCUCUGCAUGCAAAUCUGAGCUACAGGAAGAUACAGAGCCUAAGUGGUGGACUAAAGCUAACAUGGCUGCCCUGCCAUUGGCCACUGCCGAAAUAUGUGAUGGUAAUUCCGAGUUAAUCAUGAAUGGCGAGCUCCGUGCCCUCCAGCCUGUCUUCCGUAUCUACGGAAGGCGGCAGGUUUUUGCUGGCCCUGUUGUGACAUUGAAGAUCUUCGAGGACAAUGUUUUGCUCCGCGAAUUCCUUGAGGAGAAAGGUCAUGGCAGGGUCCUGGUGGUUGAUGGCGGCGGGAGCAUGUGCCGCGCCCUUUUGGGUGGCAACCUUUCCCAGCUGGCACAGAACAAUGGCUGGGCCGGCAUUGUGGUUAAUGGUUGUAUCAGGGAUGUAGAUGAUAUCAACGGUUGCGACAUUGGUGUCCGAGCUCUGAACUCGCACCCCAUGAAGCCAAGCAAGAAGGGCGUCGGUGAGAAGCAUGUCCCUGUGACCAUUGCAGGAACAAGAAUUUGCGACGGCGAAUGGCUCUAUGCUGAUACUGAUGGCAUUCUUCUUUCAAGGUCGGAAUUGACGGUGUAGACCUAUUACGUCCAUGUAUGUGAGUAUAAGAAUCGGACGCUUAAAAGGAGGUCUGCUCCUGCCCUCCUUGUGUUAUAUAUUGUGAAUUUGUAAUAACUAUUCUUGUUGAAUCGCAUGACCAUUGGGAGUGAUUGGAUGCCUCCACGGUUGCGAAGUGUGCUUGGUUAAGUUCUGUCUUUGUGAACUUUAUUCUGGAGAAGUUUUCUGUAACAUGAUACAUUAGAUUCCCCU